UUCGGACUUUGACUCGGCGUCUUCCUCCUCUGACGAAGACGAUUUGACCGAAUUGAAUUUCCAGUCGGCGCCUCCUCCAUCACCUCCGACACCCACUUCUAUGGAUAUUGGCCAGAUGAAGCUGAUUUCUCCGUUGCCUCCCACACCUGAGCCUCAGCUCUUUGAACCCAUGUCGCCACCCAUGCCUGUGGCCUCACCACCUGCCAACACACUGAAACCCACUCCACGCUCCAUCGUCCAAGUGGCCCCCUCUCGUGCUCAUCCUGCCAGAAUACCCUUGGUCUCGGCCUCUGACUAUCGAUCCCGAGAGAAGCGAAUCUCCACCUCUCCACCUCGCCUCUCCAAUCCACCCAAAAGAUUGAAAUCGCCCAUCUCCAGGUCCAGGCUUCCCACCAGUGGCAUCUCAAGACCUCCCCAGAAUUCAAGCAGUCACUCUGUUCCACCCGUAGACUCUAACACCUCGAGCCAGACACCCGUGGACUCUAAAGCCUCGAGGACUGUCAUAACGUCUGCCCCACCUGCCAAGUCCAGCAUAAUCAACCAUCAUACCGAUGGUUGUGCGUCACGCGACUAUCGAUACAAAAGGCAUUUAUUUCCCUAAUCCCUUUCAUCUCCAAUUUUUACUUUUAAAUGAAAAAUUUGACUGUUAUCCCUCCUAUCAAUUUAUAGUCGAUGGAAUAUUGCGUACAGUUGAAUACAUUCCAAAAAACGUAGAUGAAACUCCGCAAUAUUUGUUUACCAAAGACAAU